AUGCCGCCCGGUUUCUUCGCCAAACUCGUCAAGGCUUCGUCACCUGCAGGCCACCAGCGUGAACGCUCCUCCGGUGACCAAGGUCGAAGAAAGUCACCGUCGCCAUCUCCGUCCAGGCGCAGGCUCAAUUCUUCCGCAACCGACGCCAGCUUCUCGAAUACACCGUCAACAUUUAGCACGGCGUCUGCAAGUGUACUCACAUCCGACUCGGGCAGCACAAAUCCCAAUGUCACCAUCGUCCCCCCUUCCCCCCACACCAGCGACGUCUCCAGCCUGCCAAAAGCAAACGCCUCGAAACACAGCCUGAAUCAGUUUCAGACUGCGGAAACCCCCGACGCCAAGAAUUCCACUUACGAUGAUCUUCCUACGCCUACUUUGAACCGUCCCUCCAUUUCCGAGCAAACAACCAUUACGUCCGCCGCUAAAUCGCUCAAAGGGUCGUCCUCGAGUCACAGUCUUCGCAAACUAUUCAACAGCCAGCCUCCAGAACCCGUUCCCGACCUCCCACUUCCAGAGAUGCGUCGUCAGAAAUCCGACAGGUCGCUGACCCAGCUGCCUCCUCCCAUCCAAACCAACCACCAACGAGCGACGACAACGCCUGCGGAGGCUGCAGAGUCGAAUGCUGCGAACGACGAAAACUCGGUGACAAACGGCGGCAUAGUCAUGUCUCCCAUCGUCGAGUCUCCGAAAGACUUCAAACUGCCAGACGUCGACGUUGCUAGUGCGCUGGCUCGAAGUGCCACGGCUCCUCCGGGAGUGGAAUCAGUUGAGCCAAACCGAAGCCAGAUUCAGAAGCCUGUCGCAAACAAGCGCGCGUGGGGUCGAUCUAAUUCUCGCAAGCCAACUGGUCUCGCUAGUGCCAUCGCAGCAUCAGGUCUCGCAAUGGCAAAUCCAGGAAUGUCUGCCCCCCACUACGCACAGCUCACGCCGCCUACGUUGACGCUGGGUGCGACGAAGACGAACUCGCCUCCCACGUCACGCAAGUCGUCGUUGCCUGGCUCGCCACCGUUGACAGCACAUACACGGUUGUCGUCAGCGGACCUUUCUCCUCGAUCAGCCAAGACGCACAGGUCGAGGCGUUCUGCGGGAAGCAAUCCAAAUACGACACGGCGGCCAUCGUUGUCGGUGAACAGCGAGCACAACUCGGAUGCAUAUGGGGACGAGAGGGCAGACUAUUCGGGGCUUGGAGAGGAUUCCUCCGACGAGGACUCGGAUUCGGAGGAUGGCAUCGACAACCUAGACAUUGGAGAGGAUGAUAUACCAGUCACUGGGUUCGCCGUUGCAAGUAACAAGCGCAACGCUGACUUCCACGAGCUGUUCUCGAGUAUACCAUAUGGCGAUUAUCUCAUCGAAGACUACGGCUGUGCUUUACAACGCGAGAUACUAAUACAAGGCCGACUGUACAUUUCCGAGAACCAUAUAUGCUUCCACGCCAAUAUCUUUGGCUGGAUAACAGAUCUUUCAAUCCCAAUAUACGAAAUAACCACCCUGGAGAAGAAGAUGACCGCGUUCGUGAUACCCAAUGCUAUCCAAAUAUCCACUCGACAAGCAAAAUAUACCUUCUCAUCGUUCCUUUCCCGUGACACCACAUUCGACGUGAUAUUCAACAUAUGGAGGCUGGCGAAACCGGAGGAUACGGGCAGCAUGUUGUCUGCGCCUUCUAUCGAGGGGGUGGGAGUAGAGAGCACCGAGGGUCUUGUUACAGCGAGCUCCGGCCCGGCCAAAGCUCUGGCGCAGAAGGUGACGCAAUGUUCGUGCGGGAAGGAAGGGACGCAUUAUAGCGAGCUUGCAUUGGAGACGAUCAUCCCUGGCACACCGGAUCGGAUACACAACUUGAUGUUUGCGAGUGGCUUCAUCAAGGAUUUCAUGAGGGUGGACCAGAAAUUGAUAGACGUCCAGAUAUCGGACUGGACACCGAUCACCCCCGGUUCUACGCUGCUUGCCCGGAACAUGUCCUAUAUCAAACCGCUGAACGGCACCGUUGGCCCCAGGCAGACAAAAUGCGAAAUACGGGACGAGACGACGUAUUGUGAUUUCGAAGACUAUGUCACGAUGCUGACGACGACGCGGACGCCCGACGUCCCCAGCGGCGGCGUGUUUUCCGUGAAGACGAAGACCUGCAUCAUGUGGGCGAGUGCGGUGUCGACGAAGGUUGUGGUUACCACGCAGGUUGAGUGGACCGGGAGGAGUUUCAUCAAAGGUAUCAUCGAGAGGUCGGCCAUCGAAGGCCAAAAGGUGUACCAUUCCGACCUGGAUCGCGCCAUGCGGGCAUACAUCCAAGAGCAUCAAUCCGAAUUCUUGCCCGCGGGCAUCGACGUUGCUGCCAUCACCCCGCAGCCCGAUGCCGUCACCUCCCCCACCACCGCGAGCAGUCCCCCACUGAGCACCGAAGAAGCGCGCAAAACGAGGGAGCACGAACGCAACCAGCGCGCCUUCCAGUGGGCAUACGACACGUUCGACGGCGCCUUUGGCGUGGCGAAGCGCUCGACGUUCGGCGCGCUCGAGCUGAUCAGGGACGCGUGGGAGCAGUCCUCGAGCACGACGAUUUUGAUUUUUAUCAUUGUUGGGCUGGUGCUGAGUAACCUGUGGACGCUGACGAUGAUGGGGAAGAAGGAGGACGAGGGGCGGGUGAAGGAGGCGAAGCGGACGCUGGAGCGGGAGAAGUGGGUUCAGGGGGUGGUCACUGCGCUGUGGGAGGAGUUGGCCGCGGCGAAGGGGCCGGUGGGAGUCGUCGCACCGCGAGACCCGCUACCUCCACAAACUCUACCCCCGCUGGUAGUGCCUCAAGCCGGGGCGGGCGCGACGUCGUACGGAGAGGAGAUAAAGACUAUUGAGCGGACACUGGAUGCUGUCGAGGAGCGGCUGCAGAUGUUGAGACACAGUCUGCAGACGGUGAAGAGCUUGCAUGAGGUUGACUAG